UGUUGUUUCAUCCAUCUUCCUUUCCUUCUGGCCGGUCUAUCCAUUCGCAAGUGCAGUUACAGGUACUGGUCAUACGUAGUCUUAUUUCUCUUUGUUUCUGUUAUUCUUUGCUGACAUUUCUCUGCACCAAUUGAGUUACCGUUAUUAUUCCAAGUCUCACUCUCUUUCUCUCUGGAGAUCUCUGUGACUAUGAAUAUAUAUAUAUAUAUAUAUAAAGCUUUGACAUUCAAAGUCACUACGGUUAUGCCAUCACGAGGUUCUCAUUUCGAGUCCAUGGGACAAAAGAAGGAAAUGGUAGUUGUAAAAAGAAAUAAUAACGUUUUCAUGUCAUUCUUCUUUUCUUACUUGGGGUUGGGAAGGUCUUCUUCCUGUGUAACGGUCACACUAAUAUUCAAGCUACGUUAACACGCGUUGAUUGCACCACCAUUUCUCCUAUAAAAAGCCCCUUGGCACCGAUACCUUUUCAUGCGCAUGCAUGCGUAUAUAUCUUUUGCAGCCACCCCUUUACAUCCACUUUUCUUUACCAUCCCAUUCAUCACCAGGAACUUGGCUAGUUCAAGAACAAACAAAGGAGUUAUACUGGAAAGAGUUUUAUGGAAAUGUCUAGGGAAGAAGAUGAUAGAAGGCAAUACCAAUGCUUACGGAAAUACGAAGCUAUAGUAAAACAGUUUGAUGAGCUGAUCGACAUGAUGAAUGCUAGAACAAGACCGCCGAAGCGUCGUAGGGUCUCCUCCUCUUCGAGUUCGCGAGGGAGUGGUAGUGCCACCACUGCUGCACCUACGCCGGUUCAACCUGGCAUGGAUGACUUAUUUGUGCAGACAAUAACAAGAUUUCUCGACGAGCUAAAUACAACUGCUUCCGCAUUGCAGCAGCAUGAUACCAGUGCAUCAAAUUCCACUAAUCAAGAUUAGUUAACUUUGAGUAUUAAUCAUGAGUUGCAUGAUUAACGAUAACCGGCGUAAACCUCAUCAUUAUAGCAACUAAUUAAUCAAAAGAUUAAUUACCAAUCAAUUAAUCCAGCCCACAUUAUACAUGUGUGUGGCUGUCUUAGCUUAACGACUACGACUAAUGAUCAUGUAAUUAGUCCUUGAUUUAGAUGAAACAGUUAGAGGCCAAUUUGGUACAUUUCAUAUGUAGCAUGGUGUACCCUUUUUUUUUUGUUACUGUGGAGAUUGAUAUUUAUUUUGGUCUGGGUCGACAUUAUUUCAGUCUGCAGUACAACUACC